AAUGUGUAAAUUUCCGGAUCCAAAUUCCGAUAUGCUUGGCCCGGUGCCCUUGCCCUCGUCGACGAUUGGGGCUCGCCGAUCUCCGAGGCCGUGCACGAUGCCGGCGCUAGCGACCCCACUGGGGUACGUGCAAUCGAGGAGGACGGAGACGUCAGCGAGGAAGCCGUGGCGACAGAAGGCGUGGAAGAGUCUUAAAAUCAAGUAGCAGAUCGGAGUUUGCCGGAGCGGCGAAACCUUAAAAACGUUCUACUAAGUCUGCGUACCAUCCGGAUACGACAGUUGAUGCUUCCAUUCCCCACUGGUUCUACAACUCGUCUCUUCCGGUUGGUUUGAGCUUCCCAUAUGUGGAAGAUCUUCUUCCCCAAGAAAGAAGCCCAAUGACACUCAGAUCAAAUGGCUAAUGAAGAAGCAAGGAAUGAAGUUUUAGAGUCAGUAGAGAACAAACCGGAGGACAGACCGGAGAGAAAGGCGACAUUCAAAUGCCAAUAUUGUGAUCGCAUCUUCACAAGCUCGCAAGCAUUGGGUGGCCACCAAAAUGGCCAUCGAAGGGAACGAGAUGCCGCCAAGAUAGCUGAACAUGAAGCUGAGAUAUACGGCAUGCAUUCCCCACUCCUUCCCAUGUUUUCACCCCAAACUUUUCUUCGUGUAACUCCAUCAUCCACACACGCUAUUAGAAGCCAUUUCCGUCCAUGGAUCUACCCUCCUUAUUACCCAACACCUCAACAUUCUUAUCAUUUUCCUUCGAGGACCGAGCCACGGUAUUCUCUGCCGCAAUUUUCCUCGGUUUCUCCUUAUGACCAUCAUUUGGCAAGAGAAGAGCAAUUGAGGUUUGUAAACUGGCAAAGGAAAUAUACUGGGAGUUAUGCUGGUCCCUCCGGGGCUAUGAAAGAAUCAAAUACCGAACAACUUAUGGUGCCAUCGCCCCAACUGAUGGUGCCAUCGCCCCCUGCAAGCUCAAGCCUCACAUUCCAGCAUGACAAUGAUGAGUUCAAGGGCGAGAUCGACCUUAACCUUCAUCUUUGAAUGGUCAACUAAAGGUGACUUUUGCUGAAGAACCACGAAUUGUUCAACAUGAACUCAGGAACAUGUUAGUCUCAUUUUUUUUAGUGGUUAUUUGAUCAUUGUUAUAGAUGUUGCGGAUUGAAAGAGCUUAAAGUUCUAUCGUAUACGAGUUGCACAACAAGUUACGAUGGAUCUUAAUUUUGUAAUGUUUUUUUUCACUAU